AUGGCCCUGAAAUGUUCUCUGGUUCUCUUUGUCACCAUGUGGGCGGUCGAUUCCUCCCUUCUGACUGAUCGGGAGGCGAAGAGCCUGCAAGAUUUUUACGUAUCGGGUACCAAGAUUACCCUUUACAAGAAGCUAGUCGUGUGGCACCCGACAAACGAUGUUAGUCUUGAUCUGGUGUUCUACCAGAAUCAGUAUAUGUAUGGCCUCUGGUUGGCUCUAUGGCCGAAGCUUAGAAGCGUGCUGACCAAUAUUUUUGAGCCAUCAAUUGAGGCUUCCACCGCUAUGAUAGAAGGUUACAGCGGCAAUGGCCAACCCAAAGAGGCAGCAGAUGUUCUAAGAAUGGUUCUGAGAUCAGGACCAGUAGCAGAAGUGGUGAUGGCAUUAGGGUUUACCGCCAUGAUUCGACCUUUUUUCAUGGAAGCAGCGCUUCUACAUGGGCAGGAGAUUCAUGCUCAUAUGAUCAAAUUAGGGCAUAAGCCAGAUAACAAACAUCUGAGUGCUCUUGUGAAUCUGUAUGCGAAAUGUGAUAAGAUGGCCAUUGCUUACCGAGUUUUUGAAGGAUUGGAAAUCAAGGAGUUUGGGUUAUGUAGAAGAUUGUUAGCUGGGUUUGUAAGGAAUGGAUUGUAUGUUGAAGCAUUGAAGGUUUAUGCAGAAAUGUUCAGUUUGGAUUAUGGAAUGAGUCAUUUUGUGGUGAUUAAUGCUCUGAGAGCUUGUGUUGGGAUGAGGGGUCUGGAAGAAGGGAGACAGAUUCAUGAUGUAUUGAUUAAAGUGGAGAAUUUGAUGGGAAGUACUUCGCUCGAUGUUCUUACUGAGCUGUACAGCAGUUCUGGGGAGCAUGAAGCUCUGAAGACCUUAAAGAAGCAACACACUGUCCCGCGCUCCUCCACAGAAGCAGAGCAUCGAGCAUUAGCGGCUGCAACUGCUGAAAUUAUAUGGCUAAGACGACUCCUAAAAGAACUUGGCGCUGAACAUAUUUGUCCAACUAAACUGUUCUACGAGAAUGUAUUGGCUUUGGCCAUUGCGAACAAUACCAUAUUCCGCGCUCGAACCAAACAUAUUGAAAUUGAUUAUCACUUUAUUUGGCAGCACAUCAAUGACUGUCAACUCUAA